GGGCGAGGAUGGCCACUGGGACGUCGACAACGGCCACGCCACCACCAACAACUCCACCCAGUUCACGGUGGACGGCCUCUCCCCCUUCACCGUCUACUCCUUCAGGGUGGUGGCCGUCAACGCGCUGGGGAUGAGCUCGCCUUCCAAGGAAUCCUACUACAUGGUCACGCUGAGGGAGUUACCUGAAGGAAAACCGAUCUUCACGGCGGCCCACAACGCCUCCUCCACCAGCCUCCAACUGCACUGGAAACCCCCCAGCAGGAGCACCAUCCACGGCGAGUUCCUGGGCUACAAGAUCACGCUGAAGCCGAGAGACGUUCCUGAUGCACGCCAGGACCAGAUUGUUCGAGUUACUAUUAAGGACCCGACCGUCACGAAUCACGUUGUACAGGGUCUCCGCACCUACACACAGUACCUGGUGUCCCUCCAGGUCUUUAACCCUGAGGGGGACGGACCUUCCUCCACGGUGGCCGUCAUGACCGACGAAGGGAUUCCGGGUCCUCCGGAGAACCUGACGUUGCUCCGGGUGCACGACCGCUCCGUGGACCUGCAGUGGUCGCAGCCCUCGGAGCCCAACGGGGAGAUCCGGGGCUACCGCGUCUACUACAUGCAGGGCAACUACACCAGCGUGCGCACCGUCCACGCCAACGAGCCCAACAUACUCUACUCUCUCCAUGACCUCACCCCCAACACCAACUUCAAGGUGUGGACGAAGGCGUUCACGCAGCGCCACGAGGGCACGUCGUCGGUGCCGCUGACGGUGAAGACGGACGUGUCGGGUCCCGGCGCGCCCGUGAUCUCCAACCUGACGUGCCAGCCCGACGGCAACCUCUACCUACAGUGGCUGAGGCCGGCGCAGCUCUUCGGCUCCGUCGACCUGUACUACAUCUACUACAGGCCUGAGGACUCCUUCGAGUUUGAGGAGAUCGCCGUCAACUCCGUCAACAACCGCCUCGAGCACAACUUCCUCCUGACCAACCUGACCUACAACACAAUGUACGAGGUGAAGGUCCGAGGUGGCACAUACUCACGCCUCUUUGCUGAUAAUAACAAGACCUACAAGGGCCCGUUCUCGCAGCCUCGCAAGAUCCUCCUUUAUCCAGACUGCCACAAUGCCCCUCCACCAGAUGUCAGUCGCACGGGCCUGGAGAUGAGCGCAGGCAUCAUUGCGGGUAUCAUCUGUGCCACCUUCGCUAUCUUCCUCUUGGUCGUUGCUAUGAUUAUCUGGAGGCGUUUCUUCCAAGGUGCUUAUUAUUACCUGGAUGACCCCCCCAAGGCUCCCCCAGUGCUUAUGCAUGACUGGGAGAAUGACACAGGGGGUGAUGGGGCCUAUGGGCCAAUUGAUGUGCAUGACUUUGCCAAGCACAUUGCGGAGCUGCAUGCCGAUGGGGACAUAGCGUUUUCAAAGGAGUAUGAGGCCAUCCAGGCAGCCUCAGCCCAGGAACACCACCCAGCUGAGCACUCGCAGCACCCGGACAACAAGCAAAAGAAUCGAUAUCUCAACAUAGUAGCAUACGACCACACAAGGGUUCCCCUGCGCCCUCUCCCCGGACAGAAGAAGGCCAUGGAAUACGUGAAUGCCAACUACAUUGACGGCUAUGACAAACCACGGGCCUACAUUGGCACCCAAGGCCCACUGCCCUCCACCUUCGACACCUUCUGGCGCAUGGUGUGGGAGCAGCGUGUCCACAUCAUUGUCAUGAUAACCAACCUCGUGGAAAGGGGGCGUGAAACUGUAAAAAAACAGCCAAAGCUAGCUACCCAAUGCCUAGAGAAAAAGUGCGACCAGUACUGGCCCAAGGAAGGAAAUGAAAUUUAUGGCCUGAUUCAAGUGCGUCUCGUUCAUGAAGAAGUUCUGGCAACUUACACCAUCAGAAAAUUAGCUAUUAGACACAUGAAGGUAAAAUGUAAGAAGUCUGGCAGUGGAGAGCGCAUAGUCUACCAAUACCACUACACCAACUGGCCAGAUCACGGCACACCCGACCACCCACUGCCUGUACUCUCCUUUGUCCGAAAGUCUGCUGCGGCAAAUCCAGAGGAUGCUGGACCCAUUAUAGUCCACUGCAGUGCUGGAGUGGGAAGGACUGGCACGUACAUUGUCUUGGAUGCCAUGUUGCAGCAGAUUCGUGCCAAGGGACGCCUCAAUAUUUGGGGAUUCCUGAAACACAUUCGCACACAACGCAACUUCCUUGUACAGACGGAGGAGCAGUAUAUAUUCAUUCACGAUGCUCUGCUGGAAGCCAUCCAGAGUGGAGACACCAACAUCCCUCGGGCUGGUCUCAGCAGAUAUAUCAGGAUGUUGCAGGCGCCUGGAGGAUCACAGGAGAAGCCCCAGCCUUGGUAUCUUCUCUCUCACCAGUUCAAGCUGGUUACACAUUUCCAGCCAAGAGAUUUCAACGUUGUCAGUGCAGUCAAGCCAGUCAACAGAGAGAAGAACCGCAGCACAGACCACCUGCCCAUGGAGAAUGGCCGUGUGCACCUGACCCCCAAGCCAGGUGUGGAAGGCUCGGACUACAUCAACGCAACCUGGCUGAUGGGCCAUCAGAGACUACGAGAAUUCAUCCUGACACAGCACCCUCUGCCAGCCUCCAUCCUCGAUUUCUGGCAGAUGGUUUGGGACCACAAUGCGCAGACAAUAGUGGUUUUGACGGCUGUAGACGAGACUCAGGGCUAUCCGCAGUUCUGGCCGGCGCAGCAUGAUGACUUUGACUCUGAGCAUUGGAAGGUGCGUUAUUUGGAAGAGAAAUUGAAUGCUGGGUUGGUGACUGUUGAUGUAGCAGUCCAGAGUUUGCAAGAUGACUAUGAGUUACCGGUUAGAUUAAUUCACGCUCCUGGCUGGCCCCACACGCUGCCAGCUCUCACUACUACUCUCAGCCUUGUCUCCUUAGUGUCGGAGGCCCAUACUAACUACCAGAAUGGACCUUUAAUAGUUGUUGAUCGGUUUGGAGGGACGGAGGGAGCCACAUUCUGCUGCCUGACUGCCCUGAAGAACCAGGUUGACUUUGAGCAGCACUUGGACCCUUACAUGUUUGCCAAGCUUUACCACAACAGAAGGCCAAGUAUCUGGACAAGUCAGGAUGACCUCCUGUUCAUCUAUCGGGCGAUGGAAUCCUACACAGCCAGUGAAGGAAGCCACAGUGGAAGCAGCAAUGACAUGGCUGGGCUCCAUGACCCAGUGAUCACCAUGCCUCCCAUCACAACAGUGACUGCGGCACCUGCAAUGCCCAGUGCCCCCUCCCCGGUCCCUCUGACCUCUCCACCCCAGACACCUUCAGCUGCAACUCUCCCUGCCAUCAGCACACCUCCCAGUACGUGUGCGAACGGCCAAGUGCCCUCCAAUGGACAUGCAACGUUAACAGGCAAUGGUACAGUCAGAGUCCCUCCAGAAGGGAUGGAAGAUGCACCACAGGCAACAGAGAUCCCUCCAGUUUGAGUUGUUUGGACUGCCAGUUAGGUCUGUUCAAAGAUCUUGCGCUCUGUCUAAUAAACGUGAAAUGCCUUGAAGAAGUUCUGUUCUGUUCAAGAAGUGUGUUACCAAGUGUUGAACAAGUGCACAUUAUAUUCAUAUAACACUUUUUGUAAGCAUCGGCUUCACCUUAGAAAAGCUGAACCUAUUAGCAAGUAUAAGGAUUUAGUACUCCAAAAGCAUCAGAUGGCAAAAGCAGCUGAAAUGGUCAUUAGUGCUCUCACAUAAAAAGUGUGAAUUGAAGUAAUGCAUAUUACUGAUCUGAGAUUUAGACUCAACAUUGAAAACACAUCAAUGCAUUUAUUGUAUUCUAAUGAAAGACAUUGUUAGCCGUAAGUGAUGCAUUCGUCCUGGACUUUACUAAGCAGUAAAAUUUUAUUAGGUGCGCUGCCCUGCAAACCAGUGUUGACAGUAGCCAGUCUGUGCAUAAGGAAAUGUCUCCUGCCGCUGCUGCUACAAGCCUGUGUUUUAAGCUUAAGGGCAACUUUGUGCUGCUUACCCAGACAACUGCUUAUGUACAGUGUAUAGCUAGUUUUCUAAAAAGGAAAAAAUUGACCCACAGAAGGGGUCACCUUUCAUGUACAGAAUGAUUUUCAUAUGUAAUUUAUCUGUGGUGUCUUUCAUUUAUUAUAUUAUUGGUACUUCUUCACAUGCUGCUUUAUAGCUUACCUUUUCUACGUGAUUACAAAGAGAAUAAAAAAUAAGGGAAGUUUUCCCUACAUUUAAAAGACAUCUAGUCUAGUUAGUGUAAGUUAGAAAAUAGAUAUUUUGGUAUGGAGGUGCAUUUGCCUUGAUUCCAUAGUGCUCCUGAAAAAUUAUUUUUUCAUCUCUAUUUUCAUUUUAUUUAAUGAAUACAUUAUUCAUUGACCUCAUAAUGUAGCCAUUUUAUUACAGUCAUUUGUAAUGUUUAACAAAGACUCAGAAUAAGGCAAGAUCAUACACAUGAGUCCUUUGGGAGCAUUGCACAAAUGAUUCUGUUUUGUGAGUAUGACUCUUUUUUUUUUCUCUUUUAUUUUUGACACCAAGCCCUAUCCAUAAGUUCUAAGAUACCUCCCUCUUAAGGCACAAAAUAAAUUAAGAUGAUAUUUUUCUUAUAAACUACCGUAAUAAAACCUAGCCUCAAACUACGCAGCAGUAGGUGCCAGAACCUAAGAGGGACCAUAAUCAUCUCUUUGUUGAAAAGCUCUCUGUCAGCAUUUAAAUAUUGGAUGCUCUACAGGAACUUGCUAUACCUUGACAAUAUCAGUUAAAAGAAAACAUGAAGGAUUUUUUUUCUUAUUUUCAAAAAGUGAAUUGGAAAGAUUUGGGAAAAGGCACCAAAUAGCAAUUGCAGUUGUUGAAUAUUCAUUAAAUAUUUACUUCCCCUUGCCUUUAUUAUAUCCUAUGAGGUAGGAUGUAUGUACCUUAUGAAUAGGAUUGGAUCAGUGCAGUUUGAAUCUGCUUUCAUACCUAGAAGAUAUUAUAUAGAUAUUGGUUAUGUGCUAUUUAAAACACAGCUGUAGACUGCCAUUUGUUUGAAAGAUACAUUUUACCAGUUUUGUAUGAAUAAUUUAUGUGUAAACACCAAGCUUCCAUGCAAGUACAUAUUCAUGUACACACGCACACUUACAUUCAUACUCACACUCAGUCACUGUCGACCACCUCACAUAACACAGGACAAAUCCAAAUGAACAUAUAGACCAUAAAAGCACAAACUGUUGUUUACAUAUACAUGUAGUAUUAUCAUUGUUUCUUAGGAGUUUUGCAGAGAGACUUAUUAGUUAUUCUGACAUUGAAAUUUGCAUUGUUUACAGUUUGAGUACAAAGAUAUUUUUUUUAUUUUUUUUUUUUUUUCUUUCUUUCUUUUUUACUUCCAUAUUUAUAGACUAUGAACUAUAUAUCAGUUAACUGUUUAUGAUACCAUAUCCUUUUUUUUUUAUUCCUUAUUUUUUCUCAGUGUAAAUUAUAUUUUAUCUUACACUUGUUAAGGGACUUGUUAGAUGAUUAACUACAAGAAACCAGUGACAAACAGGAAAUGAAGUGAAAUAGAAGAUAAAAAUAUUAGUUAUAAUGAACCAAAUAUUUAAUUUACUUAUUAUAAGCAUUGUAAUAUCUGUAAGCAGAAAGGUUGCCCCUACAAGUCUCAUUAGCAUGAAUUGAAUAAGCACAGAAGUAAGAUAUGCAUAAAAGCAAUUGAAUUUUUCAGGUAAACACAUGCCAGUGUUUAAUAUCUUAUUUUAGAAGAUGGCUUUCAAAUGUUCAUGUGAAUUUAAUUUAGAAUGUAAUUUAAAGGUAAAGGUUAAAAUACAAAAAUAAGGGCUGAAGUGAAAUAUCAGUGCAAUGUUGAUGAAAUGUAACGCAGUUUUGUGGGUAACACUCAAAAGAUGGUGUACAUAAAUGCUUCAAGGAGAAAGAGCAUCAUCCAUAGGUGACAUCACCUAUUGACCCAUCGUUACCCCAUGCCCUUGGUCAUGGCCUGUCAGUAUUGUGGACAUUCCCACAUGUUCUUGGGUGCAGUGACAAUAUACAAAGCAUAAGCAGCUAGUUGUGAGUAGACUGUGCUUUGUUUUAGCUGUGGUAAGCUCUGGUAAUAAUAAUUUUCUCAUUGUAAGGGUUUUUCAGUGAAUCCUUGGAGCAUUUAAUAUUCAAGUGUGCUUGAAAUUUGUAUGCUAAUGACCAUCAUAGAUCUUCACACAUCACCAAAUAGUUUUGUAUGUAAUACUGCAGUUUGUGUGAUACAGCCCUAGUGAUCUCUGCAAAAGGCCGUUGUUAGGUUGUGAAUGAAAGUUGCAGAUGUCAUCGGCAUAUCACACAAGCCAUUUUUUUAAUCACCCUUCCAAAGAAUUAAUGGCAUGUAAAAAGCAUUUUUUUAUGUAAAUAUUUGUACAGAUAGAAUUUGUUAGAACUGUGUACCUCAUGGCUUAAGUCUGUCUAGGCUGAGUGCAGCAACUGGGUAUGUGUGUGUUGAGUUAACUUACUCAUGGAGAGUUUUCAUUAUAAAACUAUAAUGUUUAUGAUUAUUACAGUACAUAUAAAAGUGUAUUUCAUAAAUGGAUUUUCAGGUGGGUUUCAGUGUUAUCACUUGGUAGCAGUGUGUGAUGUUUUCCAGCAAUGCGCUUGAUCAUGCAACACGUGCUGUGAUCAAGAGAGAACUGUACAUUUGACAAAAAUUUAGUUAACAGAUACAUGUUAAACUGCACCAGAGCCUGGUCAUGGAAGAUUACUUUGUGAUUUAGAUCAUAGCUUACUGUUCCUACUGUGUGUGUCCCUGAGUAAGGUGCUGACAGCCUCUAUGUAGACUGACGCUCUUUACUCUGCCAGUCAUUAUAUUGGAUAUAAAGGAGUUAAUAAAAAGACCAAUAAAGUGAGUGUAAUA